GAUUAUCAGAGCGCAAUCAGACCGUGAGGAUCGGUCUAAAGUUCAUCGACAUGAAACGCAGGCAGAUUGAAAGACACGACAGAGGUUCAAGGCGAGGGGUACAGGAGCUGAGGAUCGUUGGAGCUGAGGAUCGCUGGCAAACAAGACAGUAAAGACAGAAGAAACAAAGGAGUCAGGACACUUUUAUCCUUCUGAGAAGUCUCAGCAGUGCUGUUUGAGAGAAGAUGGACAUCCUUGAGACUCACGCCUAUCACAGGCGGCAGAGGAGAAAUAAGUCCUGUGCUCUCUUUCUGUCUCUCUUGCCUUUCUUUUUGUCUGCAGCUCUGUACUUCUACCUUUGGACUCCUGCUUCGCCCCCGUCCAUCAUGUUUGCAGGUGUCAAAUCUGCACCAGUACUCAUAUUGGCUGCAGUGGUGCUGAGCUGGAAUGGAGGUCAGAGUGUCCUAGGUGUGGUGGGAGGACUGGUCUUCUCUGCUGUUGGUGACUGCUGCCUGGUGUGGCCUGAGCUUUUCCUGCAUGGAAUGGGUGCAUUUGCUGUGGCUCAUCUGUUGUACUCAGUUUCCUUCCUGUCCAGUCGUUACACAAAAAACUCCUCUUCCUGCUGGAGCCGUUUUCUCUAUCUGAUCCUGUUUAUGGUUGGAGGAGGUUAUUACACAUUUCUAUUUCCAUUUCUGCAAAAGGACCCAAACUCUGAAGUGCUAACUCCAGCUGUUGGAGUCUACUUUGUCUUAAUUACUCUAAUGGGUCUAUUAGCAGCUAGAACUGGCAACAUAGCAACACUUUUGGGAAGUCUGAGCUUCAUGGUAUCUGACGCAACGCUGUCUCUGCAAGUUUUUAAGGUGGUGGCACCAAUGCAGCACGGUACUACUGUUGUAAUGGUGACCUAUUAUCUGGCACAGCUUCUAAUCGCUGUGGGUGACAUGCAAGCAGUAGAGGACACGGAUGAGUUUUCAAAGUGGAAGAGGUCCUAACCAGUAUCCCUGUUGUACUCCAAAAGCUUGUACUACAUUAGCUCUCCAUUUCCAUAAAUAUUUGCUGCAAGUGGUUAAAAAAAAAAAAAAAGAAACAAAGAAAGGGAAAUACAUUCAAUUUGCAAUGUUCUAAAAAUGAAAGAAUUUAUUUCCAAAUGAAAUGGAAAAACAUUCAGUAAACUUCAGUUUAUAAUAUUUAUAUUCUGUGAUUUAAUGAUCAAAAUAUUUUCUUUGACAUCCAUGUUUACAUGUAGAUUGUGCAUAUGGUGGCAUGAUGUGAACUGCUCAUUAUACUGUAUGUUUAUACACGUAAUCCCAUGUUUUAUUAACAGUAAUAAAUAUUAUGUCAACAACUGGGAGUUUUGUUUCAAGAAAAACUGAAAAGAGACAGGAACUGAAAAACUAAAGCAUACUAUAAUAAAAUAAAAUAGAUUUAACUAAAGUCAGCAUUUGUGUUCUGCCAAUUAAAAUAGAGUACUAUACAUACUACCUUUAAUGGAGAUGCUUGGGAUGACAGUUAAGAUAUUAAGAAUGGCAAACAUUGGACUGAAAUAGUUGUUUUAUACAUUACAAUAUACAGUACAAUUAUUUACACAGUGAAAUCCAGGUACUGGAUCACGUGCAACUGUCUUAACAGACCAAACAACAACAACAACAACAACAACAAAAAACAUGUCCCAGCUCAUCAAUGUUCUGUUAUCUUUUCAUACUGAUGCCAAAACAUGUCAGGGUAAAAAACACAACAACAAGCAAAGAAAAAAAAAAGAAAAUCAACGAUCCAUCCCAGUGUCAUCUGACUGCUGCCUGGAGAAACACAUAACCC